AUGAAGAAGCAAGACGAAGACAAAGAUAAAAGGGAUAAGGAAGAGAAGGAAAGCAGCCGAGAAAAAAGAGAGAGAUCUCGGAGCCCAAGAAGAACUAAGAGCCGGAGUCCUUCCCCUGCUCCAGAAAAGAAGGAGAAAACGCCAGAACUCCCAGAACCUUCAGUGAAAGUAAAAGAACCUUCAGUACAAGAGGCCACUUCUACGAGUGACAUCCUGAAAGUCCCCAAGCCUGAACCUAUAUCAGAGCCUAAAGAACCUUCUCCAGAAAAAAAUUCUAAGAAGGAAAAGGAGAAGACUCGACAACGAUCUCGGUCUCGUUCCAAGUCAAGAUCCCGGACACGUUCUCGCUCUCCUUCUCACACUCGACCUAGAAGACGUCAUAGAUCCCGAUCAAGAUCAUAUUCACCUAGAAGACGGCCUAGCCCAAGACGACGACCAUCUCCUCGAAGAAGAACUCCACCAAGACGAAUGCCUCCACCACCAAGGCACCGGAGGAGUAGAUCUCCAGUAAGACGGUUCUCAGGAAUUCUUCUGCCAAAGGUGAAUUCUGCAGAAGAAGGCGCUCAUCAGCAUCCUUGUCUGGGAGUAGCUCAUCAUCCUCUUCGUCUCGUUCCCGGUCACCACCAAAGAAGCCACCCAAGAGGACAUCUAGUCCCCCUCGAAAAACUCGGAGAUUAUCUCCUUCAGCAAGUCCUCCAAGGCGACGGCACCGACCAUCACCUCCAGCAACUCCACCACCAAAAAGUCGUCAUUCUCCAACACCCCAGCAGUCAAACCGGACCAGAAAAAGUCGUGUUUCUGUUUCUCCCGGGAGAACUUCAGCAUGCCUGCCAGCCCACGCAGGUCCUGAACGGCGAACCCAGGUCUGGUGAGCGCUGA